AUGGGUCGACCACGAGUCUUUUUCGACAUCACAAUCGGAGGCAGAGCAGCCGGGCGUAUCGUUAUGGAGCUCUUCGUGGACGAAGUGCCAAAAACCGCCGAAAAUUUUCGUGCUCUCUGCACCGGAGAAAAGGGAAUUGGGCCAUCUGGAAAGCCUCUUCACUACAAAGGAUGUGCCUUUCAUCGCAUCAUCCCCAAUUUCAUGAUCCAAGGUGGUGACUUCACUCGUGGAAAUGGAACCGGAGGAGAAUCCAUCUACGGUGAGAAAUUCAAAGACGAAAACUUCACCAAACGCCACACUGGACCAGGAAUUCUCUCCAUGGCUAACGCUGGGCCAAACACCAACGGAUCUCAGUUCUUCCUCUGCACCGUCAAGACUGAAUGGCUCGAUGGCAAGCACGUUGUUUUUGGAGAAGUUGUUGAAGGAUUGGAUAUUGUCAAGAACAUCGAAACUCAUGGAACUCAAUCUGGAAAGCCAAGCACUCCAUGUGUAAUCAGUGACUGUGGACAACUAAACUAA